UUGUCCAUUCAAUGCUUAGGACUACGGCGUUUUAAAUCAGUAAUAAUGGAUAAAAUGAAGACAUGGCAGGGGCGUUUGCUCGGCUGCCUGGGUUUAUUUUUUGUAGUUAUCCUCACUUGUCUCUCCAUCGCCUACUUUACGGAGGGAUGCUCGAAGGGUGCCUUUAAACACGCAGCUGUUGCUGCAGACUCCAAACUUUGCUCCGACAUUGGCAGGGACAUUCUGCACCAGGGCGGCUCGGCGGUAGAUGGCGCCAUUGCAGCUCUUCUGUGCACGUCAGUCAUCAACCCUCAGAGCAUGGGACUGGGAGGGGGUGCGAUCUUUACAAUAAGGGAUAAAAGCGGCAAGGUGAAAGUCUACAGCUCCAGGGAAACUGUUCCAAAGUCCUUCAAGGCAAACCUUCUCGAUGACUGCCCCACCAAGUUUACACUGAUUUCAGGCAGCCAGUGGAUAGGCGUCCCUGGCGAGCUCCGGGGCUACCAGCAUGUACACCAGGUCCACGGACGCCUCCCCUGGCCGCGGCUCUUUGAGCCCACCAUUAAACUGGCCCGCAAAGGAAUCCCCGUCCCAGCCUAUCUCGCCAAACUCCUGAGCAACCCUCUGAUUGGAAAUCUCAUCCGAAACUCCUCCCUCUGCCAGUUGUUCUGCAAACAUGACAAGACCGUUCUGGGAGCAGGGGAUACCCUAAGGUUCCCAAAGCUGGCUGACACCCUGGAAACCAUAGCAGCGCAAGGGGCCGACGCCCUCUACAAUGGCCAGAUAGGGCUGGAUCUGGUCCAGGAUGUCAAGGAGGCAGGUGGGACUCUGUCAAUGGAGGAUUUGAGAUCUUUCAAGGUACAGGUCGCGGACCCAUGGCCCAUAUCGCUCGGAGAAACCCGGAUGCUCAUCCCUCCACCGCCUGCGGGGGGAGCUGUGCUUGCCUUCAUUAUGAACGUAAUGAAAGGCUACAACCUCACCUCAAACUCCAUGAAGGGGGACCAGAGAAUCCAGACUUAUCAUCGCUUUGUAGAGGCGGCUAAAUUUGCUAACGGACAAAAGCAUGUCAUCCGUGACCCGGCCUUUAAAUGUGCCAAAAACGCAUCUUAUUUACUGGAUGGGGCCUUCGCCGACACGAUAAGGGACCUGAUUUCUGCGGACCGCACUCAUAACGACGAGUACUACAACGCACAGCCUCUGGUGGAUCGCUUCGGGACCACGCACGUGUCUGUUCUGGCGGACGACGGCAGCGUGGUCUCCGUCACCAGCACUAUCAACCAUUUGUUCGGCUCGGCCAUUCUCUCCCCUAGAACCGGAAUCAUCCUGAACAAUGAGCUGGCUGACUUCUGUGGACGAGUGGCCUCAAUCAGAGCAGGCGAGCAGCCCCCUUCCUCUAUGACUCCAACCAUCCUUGAGUCCUCCUCGGGGGGGACUCUAGCCAUCGGGGGCUCCGGAGGCAGCAUGAUCACUACAGCGGUAGCCUUGUCCCUGAUGAACCACCUUUGGCUGGGCAUGAGCCUGCAGGAGGCCAUCGCAGCCCCGGUGGUGUUUGUGGACUCAAAGAACGGGCUGCAGUUUGGGCCAGGCUUCGAUGAGACGGUGAGAGCAGGCCUGAAGGCUCUGGGUCACCGUGUGGAAGACUUGAAGUACCCCUUCAACGCGGUGAACGCGGUGGCGCAGCACCGCGGCUGCAUCACCGCCGUCUCCGACCAACGGAAGAUGGGCCGGCCAUCGGGCUACUGAGGCAGCCUCUGUAGCCGCGGACACUUCCCACAGAGAGAGAGGUCGAUGUUAAUGUGAUGGGUGUGGAAGAAGGGAACUUUUGACUGCUGCCUCCAAGGGUUGAAAGGCUGGAAGUAGCUUAUUGGAAGCCCCCCCGCGUAACCACCGGGUUUAAGAGAUGGUUUAUGAUGGACCACCAGGUUGUGGUUUAAGGGAUGGUUUAAGAUGAUGGACCACCAGGUUUAAGAGAUGGUUUGAGAUGAUGGACCACCAGGUUUAAUAGAUGGUUCAGGAUGGUGGAGCACCAGGUAGUGUUUUGAAGAUGGUUUAAGAUGAUGGACCACCAGGUUGUGUUUUGAAGAUGGUUUAAGAUGGUGGACCACCAGGUUGUGUUUUGAAGAUGGUUCAGGAUGGUGGACCACCAGGUUGUGGUUUAGAGAUGGUUCAGGAUGAUGGACCACCAGGUUGUGUUUUAGAGAUGGUUCAGGAUGAUGGACCACCAGGUUGUGUUUUGAAGAUGGUUUAAGAUGGUGGACCACCAGGUUGUGUUUUAGAGAUGGUUUAAGAUGGUGGACCACCAGGUUGUGUUUUGAAGAUGGUUCAGGAUGAUGGACCACCAGGUUGUGUUUUGAAGAUGGUUCAGGAUGGUGGACCACCAGGUUGUGUUUUGAAGAUGGUUUAAGAUGGUGGACCACCAGGUUAGGUUUUAAAGAUGGUUUAAGAUGAUGGAAUAGGAUGAUGUGUUUAAAAGAUGGUUUUAGAUUAACCACCACAAAGAUUUUACGCAUGUCUAAAUUCUUCUUUUUUUUUUUAAUCUGAAGUACCAUUUUUUAUAAGACAUGUUGAUUCAUUUUUGUUGAAAGAACUAUAUUUUUGU